UGAAACACGCGGAAAGCAGAGCACACGAUGUAGCAUUAGUUCCUCUUAGAAGGUAGUUUGAAAACAGGUUUGGCGUUUUCGGUAAAUAUUUGCGUGUGUUCAGUAAAAAUGUCUUCAGUUCAGCCUCAGAGAGAGUUUAUUGACGAACAGGAAACUCCUGCUGAAGAAACAUUGACAGAUUUGAAAGAAAUCGACGUCAAGAUCGAGGAAGAGAUGGACAAUCAGCGCAGACUGCUGAGUUUCAGCCUUAUACCGAAGCUAAUCUUACACCGGAUAGAUCUCCCACAGUGCUGGGUGUGUAAAGAGGAGGAGGUUCUGAAUGAAUUCAGCWACCARGAMRRGAAGUCCARUUCAYAUAAAGAAGAACCAGAACAUGACGAGUUCAAAGAGGAAGAGAAGCCACUCUGCAUCAGUCAGGAUGAAGAGCAGCUUGUGGUGAAACAGGAGACUGAUGACAUUUUGGUGAAUCCUCCUAAUGUGCAAAGAAUCCACAAUGAAUCAGAACCACAGAGGAACCAACUCAUCUCUCAUGGUUCUGCUGAGGAUGAGAACCAGGAUCAGGAAGGAAGCAAAUCUGAAGACCCAGGAAAAAAGAGAGAUGAAAAUCAGAAACAAUAUGAGAAAUGUGAGAAAACUAAAACUAAACAGGAGAAAAAUAAAACUGAUAGUUCCAUACAAAAAUGGCAAAAAAUGAUUGAUCACACAGGUCAGAAACUUUUCUCAUGUGUGAACUGUGGAAAGAGUUUCAUGCGGAAUACACAAUUAAUUGAUCACUUGAGGAUUCAUACGGGUGAGAAGCCUUUCUCAUGUAGAACAUGUGGAAAGAGUUACAGACUACGAUUGAGUUUAAAUCAUCACAUGAGAAUUCACACAGGUGAGAGGCCUUUCUCUUGUGCAACCUGUGGAAAGAGUUACAGAGUAAGACACAGUUUAACUUAUCACAUGAGAAUUCACACAGGUGAGAAACCAUUCUCUUGUGCAACUUGUGGAAAGGGUUUCAUGGGGAAAAGUAAUUUUCGUUCUCACAUGAGGAUUCACACGGGUGAGAAGCCUUUCUCAUGUGGGACCUGUGCAAAGAGUUACACGGUAAAAAAUGAUUUAAUUGAUCAUAUAAAAAUUCACACGGGAGAGAGACCCUUUUCUUGUGUGACUUGUGGAAAGAACUAUGCAUAUAAAUCGGAUUUUAAUCGUCACAUGAAAAGUCAUACAGGUAAAAAGCCAUUCUCAUGUGUGACCUGUGCAAAAAGCUUUGGAACCAAACAGAUUUUGAAUCGCCAUAUAAGGAUUCACACUGGUGAAAAGCUUUUUUCUUGUGUGACCUGUGUAAAAAGCUUCAGAACCAAAGAGAUUUUAAAUCGCCACAUACGGACUCACACUGGUGAAAAACCAUUUUAUUGCGUGAGCUGUGGAAAACGCUUCGGAACCAAAGAUAAUUUAAUUUCUCACAUGAUGAUUCACACAGGCGAGAAGCCUUUCUCUUGUGGGACCUGUGGAAAGAGUUACAGAGCAAAACAUAAAUUAACUCAUCACAUGAUGAUUCACACAGGUGAGAAGCCUUUCCCAUGUGUGACCUGUAGUAAAGGGUUUCGAAGCAAAUAUGAGUUACUGAGUCACAUGAAGAUUCACACAGGUGAGAAGCUUUCUUGUCUGAGAUCUGUGGGAAAAGAGAGAGAUGAAGAACAGAAACAAAAUGAGAGAUGUCAGAAAACCAAACAGGAGAAACGUAAAACUCGCAGAGGUAAAAAUAGGAUGGAUCAUGAGAAUUCACUCAGGUGAGAAACCUUUCUCAUGUGUGAACUGUGGAAAUAGUUUAAUGUGGAAAACAAAUUUACUUAAACAUGAGGAUUCACACAGGUGAGAACCCCUUGUGGGAUGUGUGAACAAAUUUUUACUCAAAAUGGCUAUUUAAAACUUCAUAUGAAAAUUCACACAAAUGAGAAGCCUUUCUUAUGUGGGACCUAUGGAAAGAGUUUCACUCAAAAAUGUUCUUUAAAUGCAUAUGAGAAUUCACACAGGUGAGAAGCACGAAGAAGGAGCUGUGAUUUGUUUUUUUCUAGAAAAGGCAAAUAACUUAGUACAUUAAAACUCACACAGGUUGAAAGCCUUUUUUGUGACAUGUGGAAAAAAUUUCCAUAGCAAAUUUAGUUUAUCUUGUCACAUGAUUAUUCAGAAGUGAGGAGCCUAUCCCGUGUGAUUUGUGGAAAAAGUUUCAUUCAAAAAAUAAAGUUUAACGGUUCAUAUUGGAACAAUAUAAAAACUUGUGAAACUCAAGUAUCAAGAAGUUUUUUCUUUCCACGAAACUCUUUUUAUUUUACGUGAGCUAUUUAUCUCACUUAAAAAAGAAGUGAGAUUAAUACUACUCGUCUCUUCAGUGACCUUUCAUGUUGUCACUUCAUUGUCAGGCAGCAUGGGCCUUUCACAAUCAAUUAUUACCAAGUCAAAACAUCAAAUCUCUGUUCCUCUCAUAUGUAUAAUAAUUCACUGCUUAACUUUACCACUGAAUCUCAACCUAAAAAGCUACAACCUGAUAUAAAAACAUUAAGUUGUUUUGCAAACUAAAACGAUAAUACCCAAAACAUUACAAUAUAUACGUUCCAGCAUGGUUCUGUUGUAAGAUUCAAAGUACGUUUGAUAACUUACUAAAACCCACAUUUUUUGAGUAACUUUUUUUUUUUAGUCUGAUGAAAUAUUCUCAUCGUAAUUUUUGGUUUUAUGUAUGAAAGGAAAAGCAUUCAUUUUGUAUUUAUUGAGAAAGGGGCAGAUUUUUACAAGGUUUUUCUUCUUCCUGCUCUUUUUCACUCAUGCAGAUUAAUUGUUCCAAGACAUUCUUGUGUACAUUGGUGAUGAAGUUUGUUUGGUUGAGUGAAUAAACGUAUUGAUUGAUGGAUUGAUA